CCCUUUCUCCCUCUCUCCACCAGGGACACCGCGGACUUGGAGGUGGUGGUGGUGGAGGGCCGCGAGCUGGUCGGUCCGGACCCUCACGUAGCGGUGGACUCCUACGUCAGGGUGUUCCUUCUGCCUGACAAGUCCACCAACAUGCAGACCAGGGUCUGCCGUCGCACCAACAACCCCACGUAUAGGGAGCGGUUUCUGUUCGCCCUGGAGGAGGAGGAGCUGCCGCAGCGGUGCCUGGCCUUCUACAUGUACGCCUCCGACAAGUUCACCAACACUCUGAUCGGCGAGGCGCAGCUACGACUCGCAGACCUCGACCUCUCCACCUGCCUCGCGACCACGCUUACCCUCACCGACACGGGCCAGCGCGGCGUCGGCUACGGGGAAAUCAUGUUCUCGCUCUCCUACCUCCCAACGGCGGAGCGGCUCACGGUGGUGGUGGUGAAAGCGCGCAGCCUGCAGUGGACCGGGGACAAGACCACCGCGGACCCCUUCGUCAAGGUAUACGUGCUGCAGAACGGCAAGAAGGUGAUGAAGAAGAAGACCAGCGUGAAGAAGGACACACGCUCCCCGGUCUUCAACGAGGCAAUGAUCUUCAGCGUCCCUGCACCGGCCUUGCAUAACAUCCAGCUGCGCGUGACGGUGGCGGAGCACAGCAGCGACGGAGGCCAGGCGCGCGCUGUGGGUCAUGUCAUCGUGGGCACGCAGGCCACGGGCAAGGCACUGUCCCACUGGAACCAGAUGAUGUCGGCGCUGAGGAAGCCCAUCGGCAUGUGGCACCCCCUGCGGCGGUAAUGACGGCCGGGGUGAAGGACCUGUAAUGUGUAUAAUGCCUGUCUUAGCUGUGACGCACACACUGGACUCUGAGCACUUGACUAGCGGUUAUCGUAAGUAACUAUGUAAGUGUACAAUUUACUACAUCACUAAAGUCAGACAUCACUGUAUGCAUUCCUACUGUCUUCGCUGCCGACUCAAACUGUACUAUAGAGGAAACUUAAGGGUUGUGGGGCGAGGCAGGAUGCCUAGGAGGAGCAUUAGAGGUGGCACUGUGCCGUUGUGCCAAAAUUAGCGGUUACUACAAUGUGGCAUUAAUGGGCUGGGUUAGUGUUGGGGGUGCCAGGUGGGGCUGAGUGCCAUGAAGAAGUGAGCUAUUUUUUAUUAAUAUCGUGGAGGACUUGAAGGUCUGAUCUCAAUACUCUUUGUAGCCUUGUACUAAAACCUCGUGGCCCUCGGCAUGUUCAGUGCCAUGGAAUUUCUUACUAGAAAACACUGAGACAGAGCAGAGUAAUAAUAACAUAACACUGAUCUACUAACUCUAUAUUGUUCUAACAUAAUAACUGUAUACUGUUCAAAUUCAAACAGUGUGACAGAGCAGAUUAAUGGCAUGACAUUGAUCUACUUACUUUACAUUUUUCUAACCUAAUAACUCUGUAUGCCGUUCAAAUUCAGGCUCAAGUUAUAGGAAUUUCAAGUCCCUAAUUAUUGCACAAAUGCCUUUUUAUGUGUGAGAAACAUACAGGCAAAGAUUGAGUCUUAGUAUAGUUGACACACCCCUGCAAGCACUCACCAAGAAAGGAACAUAAUUCACCUGCAAUUCUCUUGUAAAUCUGUCGGAAAGAAUGAUAGAAAGUGCUUACAAUACUCCGUGUAAAUUCAGUGAUGCCUUCAUAAGCAGGUGGUCCUCAACACACACCUGCAAGCCAUCAGAAAUCAUUUUAGUGAUAACGAUUCACAUUUUUAAAUAUCCGCCAUCAAUGUUUGUUUUGGUCUGGGGUGAGAGCAAGCAAGGUUGUGAGUCUUGAUCUGCCACCAACCUCACACAGAAAUCAUUUUACCUCUUUGACAUUUAUAAAUAUCUGCCAUUAAUGAUUGAUUAAGUUUUGAGUGAGGGCAAGGUUGUGAAUUUUGUAAUUAGAUGAAGCUUAGACGUGAUCCACACUGUCCUGAAACAAGCGUUAGCGCAGAGGACCUUAACCACUUGAAGACCAGCUGAGGGAGGAAGGCAAGGCAGCAACUAUCAUGUUAAGCAGAGAGAUUACUCGAAGAUUUUUUUCAUCAUCACGCUGUAGUAAACUUAACUAAUUGCAAACCUGUAUGACUGUGAUAGGUCAUUGGAAAGCUUUAAUAGAGAGACACAACUAACAUAACUAAUGGUACUCUUAAGCUGUGGGAUGUAAGGGCCUGUCUCGGGGCGUUGGUGUGACCUUUGCUGGAACUUAGUGACACUGUUCCUGGGUCAAAAACAACAUUGUCACACUACCAAGUAUUAUUAUUAUUAUUAUUGAGUAAUGGCCAGUGCAGGGAAUUGAAAUGUCUUGUGGUCUGCCAAGGCUUGAAGAUUGUGUAAAUCAUUGUUCCUGAUUGAGAGUUACGAUGCACAACUAAACUACCAAAUGUGUAAAAAUAAUGGAGCUUACUGAAUGUCCAGCAGGCAGACACUCAGGCUUGUGUGUGUCAACAGUUUUGUUCAACAUUUUUCUUACUUCCAGGUUUUAGUCCAUAAUCAUUUGGCCUCAGACUCGUGUCCAGGUUUCCUUCCUGGAGCAGAGGCUCGGGCUGCUGACAGGAAGCCUCAGAGGACCAGCUGUGAGGCCGGGUGAAGGGAGGCAACACUUGUAUAAUCAAACAUUAAAUGGACUUCAACAUUUUCCUACUUACUAAU